CACGUAAUACGUCACAAGAAAAAUGUCAAUCCAUUUUUAAGGGUCUUUUGGUCUUAUAUGGCUAAAAAGUGAUAAAUAAACUUUUAAAAAAUAUAAAAUGCCAAAACUUGUUAUUGAUAUUAUUUAAUUAUUAGUGUACUUGAGUAAAAACGUUUUAUGCUAUGUCAGAUAAUAAUGGUACAAAACCAAUAUUCAAUGUCAUUAAUGAAGAAAAUAUAUCAACGACUGAAAAGAAAGAAAACCAUUACACAAAUACAAUGAGUAUCUUAGAGAAAAAGAUAAAUAACUUAAUCGAGUCCAUAUUUCUUUUUACUCUCGAUAAAAACUCUGCAAAUGAUAGCAAACAAUUAAUUUUUAUGGAAGAAGUUGGAGAGCAAACUGGGUCGAAUAUGCUUAACAUUGACAUACUUGAACAAGCUUUAUUUGAACGUCUAUUACUACAAGCGCCGGCAGACUAUUUAAUUCCAAAUGACAAAAUACUUGAUGAUACUGCUAAUGUUACAGAAACUAAAGUUAUUCAUUAUUUAUAUAGGUCAUAUUUAAUGUGUUACCAAUAUAAUGGUCUUGACGCAGAAUUAAGCAAAGUGUGUCAGGAAAUUAAGUCGUUAAUUCUGAGAAAUGUGUCCACUUCUAUGAAACAACCAGAUCUCUAUGAGGGGCAGUCACUAUCUUCACAAUGGUUGGAGCUUUUAAAAGACCCUUUUGAUCCAAAUUAUAAUAUAAUCGCUAGCUUUUUAAGUGAAACAACAAAAGAAAUGUAUCUAGACGACGAAGCUAAUGCAAUGAGUGCAUUGAAAGGGAUAUUCUAUCCAAUGUUAUCAGAAAUUCAGAAAGUUUUGCGUGCUGCCAGUAUGAUUUCAAUAGAAAAGUGGAUAAUACCAGCGCUUCAAACAUUUAUUUCUGAUAAAUCUGUUCCUCAAUUAGGAGAACUCUUUAUGGACUUCACAACUCCAAAUCCAGGUUCCGAAGGAGUAAGAUACGCUGAAACUUUAUUAGGACAACUCUUAUGUAUAUCAAUUUUGCCAAAAAAGCAAAAUGAUCCUUACGAAUAUUAUGAUAACUUUAUGGACUCUUUAUCCACAACACUUAAUGAUUCAUUAUGGACUUAUUUGAAAAAUCACUUAGACAAACUGCAUACCCUAUUUAAGUCAAUUUUACUCUUAGGAGGAUCAGCGAAAAGCAAAAUACUAACAUGGAUUGGAAAUUGUUUACAUGUUAAUACUCCAAGAGGUCAAAUAUGGAAUACUCAUAACAUAUCGGCUUUGGGUAAUUUAACAAGUGCAAGCGAUGCUUUUAUGAUUAAUCUCUGCGGAGUAUUAUUAAGAUUAUGUGUACCAUUAUUUAAACCCGGCUUUAAAGUGUUGUUAGUGGAUCCUACAUACUGUGCUGUUACAGAAAAUGAUAGAUUGAAAAAAAACGUCCAUUUAAAAAAUGUUUGCGAGGAAACUUGCCUUUUACCAGUAGAAGAAAAUCAAAUUCGAAUUACUGUUGAUAACUAUAAUUUUAUAAGCGAUUGUUUUUUCAUGACCCAUAAAGCAAUCGAUUUGAGUUAUAGAGUUUGCAUGGAAAAAUUUGCUCGGAUGAGUCGUGAAAUUCAUCGCCUUCAAGGUGCUUAUCAAGACACUAUGGAACAAGGUGCAGUAGAUGUUGCUCAAAAUAUUAUGCAAAUGUUAACGUCUCAAUCACAACAGUUUCUUUGCUUAAAAAACACAAUUAUGGAGCCUUGCAAUGAUCAACUUUUACUCCAAUUUUAUGAAGCCACUGCUGUUUGGUUGAUAGAAAUAACAGCCAAAUCAGAAAAUGAUUUGAAAAAUAUGUCUGAAAUUAAAUGUUUCGCCCCAAAAGAAAGACAAAAUAUAUCAUUACCAUUAAAUAAUAAGGAGCCUCACUAUUUGAGAUCACUCCCAGAACAUAUUUUGGAAAACAUUGUUGGCUAUAUGACUUUUGUCCGCCAUUUUAAAAAUCAAGCAAUUGAACUUGAUAUCCCAGUUCAAAAUGAAUUAUUUAGGACGAUUUUAAUUUUCAUGGGGAGUGUAGAUCGUGUGCGAAAUCCUCAUUUACGAGCAAGAUUAGCAGAAGGUUUAGAAAGUUUGUUGCCAAAAGAUACAUCAAACACAUUUAGAAGUUCGUUUAAAACCAAUUUGUUUGAUUGUCAUCCCGAUAGAUUAGAGAUUAUCGCCAACUUAUUAGAUGUAUUUGUCAGCAUAGAAAUGACCGGACAAUCAGUUCAAUUUGAACAAAAGUUCAACUAUCGUCGCCCUAUGUACAGGAUAAUGGAAUUUUUAUGGAGCUUAGAAGAACAAAAAGAAGUUUUUAAAACGUUAGCUAUAGAAGCUGUAAGAAAUAUAGAAGCCGUGAAACCACCUAUAUUUUUACGAUUCGUGAAUUUAUUAAUGAAUGAUGCAAUCUUUCUUCUUGACGAAUCUUUGUCUAAUCUACAACAAAUAAGACAAUUGCAAGCUGCUCAAGAUGCAGGUGAAUGGGAUAAUCUGCCACAAAAUGAACGACAACAAAAUUUUGCUAAUUUACAGCACUUAGGCAUGAUAACAAAAUUUGACAACAUCUUAGGCCGCGAUACUAUUAACAUUUUAAAGCUUUUAACUAGUGAAAUAAAGGAGAUAUUUUGUCACGAAUCCAUGGUUGAUCGCAUAGCCUCCAUGCUAAAUUAUUUUCUUUUAUACUUGGUUGGGCCUAAAAAAGGAAAUUUCAAGGUUAAAGACAAAAAAGAAUUUGAGUUUGAUCCUGCAAAUACUGUCAUGGAAAUUUGUCGAAUAUAUGUUAACUUAGAGGGAAAUAAAAAUUUCUGCUUAGCCGUUUCUCAAGAUGGUCGAUCUUAUAGUGGUGAACUAUUUGCUUUUGCGGAGCAAGUUCUAAUUCGUAUUGGUGGCGGUCAAUUAAUUGGCGAUAUUAGAGAAUUUUCGGAUAAAGUCAAGCGCCUUGAAAAGCAGCAUAAGGAAGAUCAACAGGCGUUGAUUGAUCCACCAGAUGAGUUUCUUGAUCCCAUAAUGUCAACCCUUAUGAUGGAUCCAGUUAUUCUACCAAGUUCCCAUGUUACUGUUGACAGGGCCACAAUUACUAGACAUUUGUUGAGUGAUCAAUCAGAUCCUUUUAACCGCUCACCUUUAACAAUGGAUCAGGUGAAAUCAAAUGCAAUAUUAAAAAAUGAAAUUGAUGCUUGGAUCAAAGAAAAACGUCAUGAAUACAGUGAGAAGCAAUUACAAAACACGAAUAAGCAAAUACAAGAAAUUUUAAAAAAUGAAAGAGAAACAGAAUAACAAAAUAUAACUUUUUUGGGGUUUUACAAUUUUUCUCUUCUAUUCAGGUUUUUGUUAUUUUAUGCUUUGUAAAUGAAGAUGAAUUGCAAUUGAUGUAUGCAAAAAUGUGUUACAUACAUAAUAGUUGAAUAUAUUUGUAGGUGUACGUGUAUAUAUGCAUAUAGUUUAACAUUCGUCUCAAAUUUUAAGUUACAAAUACAUACAUAUAUAUACAAUUUAAUAUAGACACAUAUUUUACAAAAAUUUAAUAAAUACUAUCAAUAACGACA